AUGGAGAGUGCGGCCGUACCCGCCGUCCAGAAGGCCACCCAAGGAAUCCCGAGAUCCUUGGCCACAUCGGCUGAGAAAGACAGGAAGGCGUCCGUGAGGAGACAGGUGGCACUCGACCCCCGCUCGGCCACGACCUCCUCCAACCGCCGCCUGAAAUUCCCCGGAGUCACCCGGAGAAAAAGCUCGACCCUCUCUAAGGGGUUGCCGGAGAACACGUGGCCCUCCGGCGCUCCGUCAGCGAUGUCGUAUGUCUUCACGUUGCCAGACUUGUCGAGAUCUGCGCCUGCGAGAAACUUCCGAUUAGAGUCGGCCGUGUUGAAGAAGGAGAAAUCGACGGCGGGGGCAGAGGCGGCCAGGUGCUGCAUGAGUUGGAGCAUCGGCGUCGGUGGCGACGGUGACAACUGCGGCUGGCACAAGAGAACCUUUUGGAUGGGGAGCCCCCCCGCCAAGGUCGGGGUAUCUACUUCCCCUUCCUCGUCAAACCUCCCAGAGGUUCGUCUCCAACAACUAAAUGUUGGUCGCUGUUGA